UGCAGCACUGCGAGGGAGUUUCACUUACGCCCCCGAGGCCGCGCUUGAAGUGCGACGCACCCUACACGAGAAAAAUCGCAAGCAGGGGCGUAGCGAGAAAUCUGAGCGUCUUGUCCUGGGUUGAGAGAGAGAGAGAGAGAGAGAGAGAGAGAUAGUACCACAAAGGCCCGAUCGCGUGUUGAGCUUGGAGUGGGUUGAGCGCAAGGAGAGGGGGGGGGGGGGCGGGGAAAGGAGGAAUUGGUGGUGGUGGAAAUCAUGGAUAAUGUGUCCUACCAGCGGUUCCCCACCGUGCGCAUACGUGACAUAAAAGACGACGUGUUGAAGUUUGAGCUGCGGGAUACGGACGCCAGCAUCGCCAAUGCCCUUCGGCGGAUUAUGAUUGCCGAGGUGCCCACGUUGGCCAUCGACUUGGUGGAAAUUGAGUCUAAUUCGUCGGUGCUGAACGAUGAGUUUCUCGCGCACCGCCUUGGUCUAAUUCCGAUUGUUAGCGAUCGAGCCAUGGAAAUGCGGCUGUCUCGUGAUUGUGAUGCCUGUGACGGUGAUGGAAGAUGCGAAUACUGCUCUAUUGAAUUCCACCUUAGUGUCAAAUGCACGGGAGAUCAGACCUUGGAUGUCACCAGCCUAGAUUUAGUAAGUUCGGAUCCUUCAAUUAUCCCAGUGGAUGCUGCAGGGCGUGCUGCAGACAUGGGUGGUUUUGAAUCGAAUGAUACGCGGGGCAUUUUGAUUGUGAAGUUGCGAAAGGGGCAGGAAUUGAAGUUGCGGGCGAUCGCUAGAAAAGGGAUUGGCAAGGACCAUGCCAAGUGGUCACCAGCUGCAACUGUGACAUUUCAGUAUGAACCAGAAAUUCACAUCAAUGAGGCACUAAUGGAAACUUUGACUCUGGAAGAAAAGCAAGAGUGGAUUGACAGCAGCCCUACAAAAGUUUUUGAGCUGGAUCCUGUUUCUCAACAGGUGGUGGUGGUGGACCCUGAAGCAUACACCUAUGACGAAGAAGUGCUGAAGAAAGCAGAAGCCAUGGGUAAGCCAGGUUUAGUGGAAAUUUACAGCAAGGAGGACAGUUUUAUUUUUACCGUGGAGUCAACAGGAGCUAUCAAGGCUUCCCAGAUGUUUCUGAAUGCUAUAGAAAUUUUGAAGUCCAAGUUGGAUGCAGUCCGGCUUUCAUUUGACACAGAGGAGGCUGAUGAUCAGUUUGGUGAAUUGGGCGCUCACAUGCGUGGAGGUGGUAUCUAGUGCUGUUCGCGGUGGGGGGGGGGGACAGGAAUGGUUUGUACAUGACUGCUGGGAGGUAAUUGUUUUUUUCAAAUGUUAUUUAUAACCUCCUUUUGAUACCAAACAGACAUGGUCAUUGAAAAUCGAAAGAAUGUAAGUUAAUGUCCUGUACCGAAGAGAGUGACAACACCUCCUUACACAGUUAAUAUUUAGUGCCUCAAGAGAUUUAGAGCCUCUUGCUAGUUCCAUAAUCUUUUUCACCUGCAAGGCUUUUUGCUCCCUUCCUGGAAAAUGUUAUUAUCUUACUGUGGUGAAUCAUGGGACAUACAUCUCCACUUGGCUCCUUCAAACCUCUUGUCUAACUUGGGUCGAUGUCCGGCUAGGUUCAAGAUCGUAUGGUCUUGUCCUCUAGACCGUUGGUAGAUGCCUUUCUUGCAAUUUAUUUCGCUUUUAUUCUAGCUGCUUUUUAAGCUUGUGUAGUUCUUUGAAGCUCAGUCCUUGUUUUCGUAAGCUCAACAUUUAUUUUUAAAUGCCAAUGUCUCUUUAGACCCAUGCGAUUGUGUUUGCAGACUCUGGAUUUUUUCAACUCCUGUUCUCGUAAUAUUUAUACGUUUUUCUAAGCAGUACAUCUAGUACCCGAAGCUUAUAGCACUUGACCUCGUCUUCGAAGACUAGUUGCUUGUUUUUCCUCAGUUUCUUUUCCAUAGUCUUCUUUUGCUUUCGCAGUGAUGAUGUUAAUUGAGAAGUCACCAUGUGCCAUGACAAACUUUGUUCACUCACAAGCUAUCAAUAAAAAUAUGCUUUGAUGUA